AUUAACGUUUCAUUAAUUAGUGGUAGAUUACUCUAAAGUAAAUUAAGCCUUGUAUAUAUUUAUAAACUGGACAGUGCAACAAUUGCAGCUAUCUCUCUCAUCACUUUCACUGCUCCACAAACCCAUCUACCAUUCCUGAAAGAAAGAGAAACUAUGGCGGAAGGAGCUUUGUUCGAUCUUGCUGGGAAAGUCAUUAAUGUGCUCGGCUCUCUCAUUGCUGAAGAGGUCAAACUGGCCUUUGGUGUCAAAACUGAUAUUGAAUAUCUGAGGAACACAGUCUCCACAAUCCAAGCUGUGAUUCUAGAUGCAGAAAAGCAGAGUUCUCAUAGCCAUCAGAUCAAAGACUGGCUCAGUAAGCUCAAAGAUGUCCUCCAUGAUGCUGAUGACUUGCUGGAUGAUUUCUCCACCCAAGUUUUGCGCCGCAAAGUGAUGUCUGGAAACAAAAUGAAAAAGGAGGUACGCCUUUUCUUUUCAAGUUCAAACCAGCUUAAUUUUAGUGUUAAAAUGGGUCGUGAAUUAAAGGCAAUUAGGAAGAGGCUAAAUGCCAUUGCAGAUGAUAGGUUGAAGUUCAAUCUUAAUGAAAACCGCAAUGAGCCACAAGUCAUGAAUAGGGACAGAGAAACUUAUUCUUUUGUACUCGAAGAUGAAGUUAUUGGCAGAGAGGAAGAUAAGAAAGAGAUUAUGAAACAUCUUUUUGAUGACAAUGUUGAGGAGAAUAUUUCUAUCAUUCCAAUUGUUGGUAUCGGAGGAUUGGGCAAGACAACACUAGCUCAACUGGUAUUCAAUGAUGAAAAUGUCAAACGAAAUUUUGAGCCAAAACGUUGGGUUUGUAUCUCUGAUAUGUUUGACGUAAAACGAAUUGUUAAAGAAAUUUUAGAAUUGACAAAGAUGGAGCAUGAAGAAAGAAGCCUUGAGAGCUUGCAAAAGAAGCUUCGAGAAAAACUUGAUGGAAAAAAAUACCUGAUUGUCUUGGACGAUUUGUGGAAUGAGGACGGUAAUAAAUGGCUUCCCUUGAGAAAUUUGUUGAUGGUUGGUGCAAGGGGAAGCAGAGUAAUAGUGACCACACGCUCAGUACAGGUAGCGAGGAUAAUUGGGGCAACUUCAUGGCAUGCUCUAAAGGGCCUUCCUAAAGAAAAGGCUUGGAGUUUGUUUGUAAAAGUGGCAUUUGAACAAGGCCAACUAUCAGAGAACCAAGCCUUUAUAAGCCUGGCAAAAGAAAUCGUGGAAAAGUGUGGUGGGGUACCUCUUGCUAUAAGGACGAUAGCAAGCUUGCUAUGCACCAAAGCUUCAGAAAAUGAGUGGCGAUCCUUCAAAGAUUAUGAACUCUCAAAAAUAACUCAAGAAGAAGAAAAUGGUAUUUUAUCAACUCUUAAGUUGAGUUAUGAUCACCUCCCUUCACGCUUAAAGCAAUGUUUUGCUUAUUGUAGAUUGUUUCCAAAAGAUUAUAGGAUUGAUGUAAAUACACUUAUUAAUCUUUGGAUAGCACAAGGCUUUAUUGUGUUAGAAGAUCCAAGACAGCAUUUUGUGGAUAUUGGAAGAAAAUAUUUUAUGGAAUUACUUUGGAGAUCGUUUUUUCAAGAUGUAAAAAAUGAUUAUUUGGGCCGUAUAGAAUCAUGUAAGAUGCAUAAUCUCAUGCAUGAUCUUGCAAUUCUGGAGUCUGGAAUGGAAAGUGUCAUAUUAAAUUCAAGUGAGGGAAAUGUGAUUGAAAAAGUUCAUCAUGUAUCAUUUGAUCUAGUGCAUUCAUCGAGUCAAUUUUCAAUCCCCGUGGCUAAUAAAAGGAAGAUACGAACAAUUCUUGCAACUAGUGUAGGGGGAAAGUUGGGUAACUUAACUUGUGAUGCACUUAUUUCAAAUCUCAAUUAUUUACAUACAUUGGAUUUGAGUUGUUUAGGGCUACAUGUAGUACCCCAUUCAAUUGGGGAAUUGAGUCAUUUAAGAUAUAUUGAUCUUUCUCAAAAUAAACAUAUUGCGGUUCUCCCUAAUUCCAUUACCAAGCUGCUAAAUUUACGGACGCUGAAACUCUAUUCUUGUGAUUCACUUAAAGUGUUACCGCGGGGCCUUAAGAAGUUGGUCAAUCUUAGGCAUUUAGACGUUAUGGGGUGCUACAAAUUGACGCAUAUGCCCCUUGGACUUGGGCAUCUUACUUCUCUUGAGAUACUAACGAGGUUCGUUGCGAGGCAAGAGGGUUCCAAGGCUAGCUCGUAUAGUUGGUAUAAGAAUAAAAAGGCUGAGUCUGGUGGUGGGCUAAGUGAAUUGAAGGAGCUCAGCAAUUUGGGAGGAAGUCUAGCCAUUACAAAAUUGGGACAUGGAGAAGAUGACAUGGUGGAAUGUAAAGCCACAAAUAUGAAGCAGAAACAACAUCUUCAAGACCUGGAACUAUGUUGGGAAUUAUGUUGGGAUGAUGGAGAAACUGAAUGUUAUGAUGACAUGUCACUGGAAGGGCUCCAGCCACAUCCAAAUCUUAAAGCGUUAGAUUUGUGGUAUUAUAUGGGUGUGAGAAUUCCAAGUUGGGUCUCUUCUCUCACUAAUCUUGUUCAUCUUCGAUUAGAACAAAAUAAGAGAUUGCAGCACCUCCCACCGUUAAAUCAACUCCCUUUUCUCAAGGUUGUCUAUCUUUGGGGAAUGGAAGCACUUGAAUACAUUUCAGAUGAAGACAGUGUUAGUAACGUGUUGGGUGCUUCCUCUUCUUCUUCAGAAACACCGUUCUUCCCAUCCUUAUCUUCUCUUCGUAUAUGUCAUUGCCCAAAACUGAAGGGAUGGUGGAGGAAUUCAGAUGAUGAUGAUGAUGAUAAUGAGCCACACCAUCUCUUACUUCCAUCAUUUCCUCCUUCUCUUUCGCAAUUAAGAAUCAUCGAUUGCCCCAACCUGACUUCCAUGCCCCUGAUUCCCGAUCUCCCCUCUUUGAAAGAGCCAGAUACUAGGCAUUGUCCCCUCUUACGGCUACGAAGGAAACAGUGAAGAUUGUCCCAAAUAAUCCAACAAGAAAAAACAAUUUAUUCAGAGUCUGAGUUAGAAUCAGAGUGGGUUUGUUCACAGAGUUAUUUUAACAUGAAAAAUUAGGAUAAUAAUCUGAUUUAGAAUUAGAGUCGGUUUGUUCGCUUCCAGAGGGGGAAUUAGCUUGUUUUGCAGGUUGUUAAUUACUGAGCUACACUCAAGGUUAAGAACUUUUGGCUUUUCAAGUGCUUGUUAUUUUGUCACUUUCUCUGCCUCCUGAAGCCAUUGUCCUUGCUGCAUUUGGUUGUGAAGUCCCUGUAAACUUAAGGCUGCAGAACGUCUGUUGUUUUUUAAUCAGUGGGGUCCAAACAAACAUGAGUAGGAGAGAAUAUUGGAUAGAAGUUGGAAUCUGAUCGCAUCUUUAACCACUUCAGGCCUUGCAAUUGUGCCAUAUGUCCCAGAAUUGCGAGUGGAUUAUCGGAAUCUGUUGAAAAUAAUAUAUUCAGAACCAACUGAGGCAAAGAACAAGCUUGGGGUACAAAAUUCAGCCCUAUCCAAAAACUGCAGUUGUGUAACAGGUCAAGAACUCAGUGAAUCAAAGCAAAUUUCUUAGAACUUUGAAGGGAGGACUUGAUCAGGCAACAAACACUGCAGGAAUUAGCUUACUAAACUGAAUCCUAGCAAAUUUUGAAGGGAGGAGCAUGACCAAGCAACUAACACACCAAGGAAUCAGCUUACUAUAAUGAUAUUUAGGUGGUUAACUUUUUUUUUGGUGGAGAAUAUUUGUUUGCUUCCUCACAUGUUGGUGUGAAGACUUUGUCUUUUCUAAGUCAGAAGAACACAAGAAUGAUUGAAUAGAGUCUAGUUUUUCAUACAUGCACAAAUUUUAAGUUAGUCAUACAUGCACAAAUUUUAAGUUAGAUUGGAUUGAUUUGAAUUCUUAUCUGUUACUCAAUUAAAUAUUACUAAUUAAGGUUUUUCAUUUCACUUGAAUUCCAAUUAAGGCUGAGGAGAACAUCAUUGUUCUUUUCAUUUGAAAUUUUGUUUAUUUCUCUACCUCCUAAAGAAAUAGCGUUUGCUUCUUAACUUUGGUUGUGCAGUCUCUGUUCGAACUUUGGGCUACAUUACACAUGUUCUUUUUUAUAAUCACUGGAAAGCAGAGGGGGUGAUCUGUGUAAUGGAUGGAUAGAGUGUAUGGAGUUUUUAGGCCAAAGAGAGGUAAAAGGGGUAAGGAUGGUUGAGCAGUGAAGGGUAAGAGAGGCAGUUUGAUUAAAUUUCCCAAAGGAAGAGUAAUUUGCUGCAAAGAGAUGCAGAGUCUGGAGGUUCCUGUAUGUGUGCAAGUAGGUGACUAAGUUGACAAUUUCAGGUGCCGGGCAAAUUUGUGCUUGCUCCAUUGAGAUGGCUUUUGAGACUUCCACAACAAAAUACCUCUUCGAUAACUACUGUUAUCUCUACAUUAGCAUGGUACUAGUCAUCCUUGAAGUAGUAUUUCAAGUCUUCUUAAGGCUGCUUAGGAUACCACAGUACUCCAAUCAAUGGGCAUGUGAGACUGGGAAACACUUACAUGAACUCAGAAGCUUUUUGGUGGAGGUCACUGUAUUGGCGAGUCUUUGAAGUAAAUGUGAAGUGUGAAAGGUGAUCCAUUCUUUUGAGUAUUUUACAGAAAAGGGAAGACACCAAUUCUCCUGAAAGAGACUAUAAUUUGGGAGAGAACAAUUAUGUCCCAGAUUGACUUCCAUUCAGAUAAAGUACCUGUUUUUUAUAACCUGAAUUCUCCUAUUGAUUUUGUUCUUAUUGGACAAUCUUGGGAUCUCACUCAUAAGUAAAAAAGCUGCUUGGUGAAAUUAUUUAUCAGGGAAGAUUUGGCCACCAAAGCUUUGUCCUACCAUGUGCUCUUUACAAGCUAGUAUUCAGAAGCCAUGAGAACAUGCAUUUGGAUUAAAAUAAAAGCUGACUAUUUGCCUAAAUGUCUUAAGGAGAGCCAUUGUUUUGGGUUCAAUAGAGAGGCAAAUAGAGGGAUGUCAGCCAUUAUAUGGCCGUGUAGUUCCUCAUUGAAUGGUUAUCAAAUGGAGACUAUACAGCACUAAGCAAAAAAAGGGAAAUUACAUCAGUCUUGAAUCUAUCUAUCACAAAGAAGAUGUUUAAGAUCACAUAAUGAUGUGGACUGGUUAUUUGUCCAUUUGGAGAAGUAUUAGUCAUCUUUAACAAUUUUGGCAGAAAACUGAAGACAAUUGAGUAGAUCUGUGAUUUCAACUGAAAUGCGAAAAUUGUUGUUCUCAACUUGUUGAAUACUGUUGCCAACUAGUCUAUCAAGUAUUUUACUUCUUCACAUUUUAUGAUUUGGGUGGCCAAGUUUGUGUGAGGUUUUGGUGGAUCAGCUUAUUGGGUUCCUUUUGCAUUAUAACUAGGGUGCUCUUUGUACUUGUAUGCCAUUGCCAAUUAAUGUUUUGAAUAUUUUUUUUUCCUUGUGGGGAUGGAAACAUUGGAAAGAAA